ACACUUGCCCGACAACUCGACCUCGAGCAUGGUGAAGCUGCGCGGCUACGACUUCUACCGCGCCAUCGGCUCCCCGCAGCGCAUCGUGGCGCCCAUGGUGGACCAGUCGGAGCUGGCGUUCCGCAUGCUGUGCCGCAAGCUCGGCGCCGACUGCUGCUACACGCCCAUGCUGCACAGCCGCCUGUUCGCCGAGAGCGCCGAGUACCGCGAGAAGAUGUUCGAGCGCCACAUCCAGGACCGGCCGCUGGUCGUGCAGUUCUGCGGCAACGACAAGACGGUGCUGGCGGCCGCCAAGAUGGUGGAGGGCCACUGCGACGCCGUGGACCUCAACCUCGGCUGCCCGCAGGGCAUCGCCCGCAAGGGCAACUACGGCUCCUUCCUCAUGCACGACAAGGACACGGAGCGGCUGACGAUCCCUGUGAUCGCCAACGGAGGCAUCGAGACACACGAGGACAUCGCGUGCUGCAUGGAGGCCACGGGCUGUGACGGUGUCAUUAGCUCCGAAGGGCUGCUGGAGAACCCGGCGCUGUUCGCCGACACAAACAACAAACCUGGCGAGGACACGUCCUUCCUGGCGCUGGCCAGGCAGUACCUUGAGUGCGCGACGCUGUACCCGGCUGCGAGCGACAAGAUCGACCUGCGCGUGCACUCAGAUCUGCGCGGUGCGCUGGCCAAUGCCAAGUCUCAAGACGAGAUGGUCGACAUUGUUGAGGAGCUGGCCGUGCGACUGAAAGAAGCAGAGAGCGGCAACGCGGGACCGGAGACGAAGAAGGUGGAGUACGCUGCCGAGACGAGCUGGUACCGCCGCCACCGACAGGGGCAGGAGAAACUUCGCCGCCGUGACUCGUACGAGAGGUGCCUCGACACAGGUUUCGGCAGUCUGUUCGCGUAAGCAGCGCUGGUUGAGACUCCGUGCUGCACAGAGCUCACUUUGCUUACAAAUAGAGUCUAUUUGAUCCUU